AUGAUAAAGUACCGUCUGCAUGAGGUAAGGAAGGAUCGAGGGGAGCAAAAGAAAGUGCAUGCGGUGACGAGCUCGAUCGAGGGGGGGGGCGUAGCACCGCUCAUGGAUUAUCACUCGCGCUCAGUUACUCGGGCUCCUCGGGGCCCGGACACGUCAUGUAAACACCUUGUCAGCUUGGAUAUAAAUAAAUCUCCGCUCUGUUUCACGCUGGCAAAUCGGAAUGCUUCCGUUGAUGGGUUGCUGACGGUGCUGGGUGCGGGGGACUGGUUACUUGGUUUCAUUGGAACAUCUUACAGCACUUUUGUUUUAUGGGAACUGAACCUUAGUAUUCAAAAUAAUCCAUGUCGCCGCAAAUCAUCAAAUUCGCCCGUUCUCCGCACCUAG